UAUUUUAGAACAUCAGGCAGGUACCACAUGUAAUUCAUGGACUGUGUUAUCUACGUUAUGCAAUGCGUUACGCACGUUCCAUAGUAGAUUUCGAGGGAAGAACAGCUUAAUGGCCACAUAUAAACUUGGGUUUUCAUUCGAAUUAUUGUUUGUUUUGAUUGCAGUACACAUACAUUUGCUGUGAUGUAAUGUUGCAACCAGUCCAAUUUUGAGAUUUGCGAUGUCUGCAGAGAAUCUGCAAAAGGACGAAGUCGAAGAGCCCUUGCUUCAAAAAAAUCCUAACAGGUUUGUCUUGUUCCCCUUAAAAUUCCCUGACAUCUGGGAUUUUUACAAGAAAGCUGUCGCCUCAUUUUGGACAGUGGAAGAGGUCGACCUCGGAUUCGAUCUCUUCGACUGGGAAAAGCUGAAUUCUCAAGAAAAAGAAUUUAUAUCUCAUGUUCUAGCGUUCUUCGCUGCGAGUGAUGGCAUAGUUGGAGAAAAUUUGGUUGAAAGGUUUUACCAGGAGAUACAAGUUCCUGAGGCGAGAUGUUUCUAUGGAUUUCAAAUCGCAAUGGAGAACGUUCACUCAGAAAUGUACUGCCUGUUGAUUGACACUUAUAUUAAGGACCGGGAUGAGAAACAAAAACUUUUCAAUGCUAUUGAAACUUUCCCCUGUGUAAAGAAGAAAGCUGAGUGGGCCUUCAAAUGGAUGAAUAAGAACUCUGCUGCAACUUUUGGGGACAGAAUUGUGGCCUUUGCUGCUGUGGAGGGGAUCUUCUUCUCUGGGGCUUUUGCAUCAAUUUUCUGGAUUAAAAAAAGGGGGCUAAUGCCUGGACUUACCUUCUCAAAUGAGUUGAUAUCAAGAGAUGAAGGACUUCAUUGUGAUUUUGCUUGCUUAAUUUUUUCACAUUUGAGGCAGAGGCCAGGUAAAGAUCGUGUUGGUGAGAUUCUAAGCGAGGCAGUGACCAUAGAGAAAGAAUUCUGGAUAAGUGCAUUACCUUGUCAUCUACUUGGAAUCAACUGUAACCUCAUGGGAAAGUACAUAGAAUUUGUAGCCGAUAGGCUUUUGGUUGCAUUAGGAUUCGAAAAACAUUACAAAACUGCAAAUCCUUUUCCAUUUAUGGAAAACAUUUCAUUGGAAGGGAAAGCUAAUUUCUAUGAGCGUAGAGUUGGAGAGUACCAGAAGAAUGGUGUAAUGAAUGACAGAAUGGAAAAUUAUGUGUUCACUCUUGAUGCUGAUUUUUAGCCAGUGAGAUUUUUUUAUUUAAUAUUUAAUAAUGUUUGUUUGGUAUUAA